CCUUUGAUCCUGUUGGGGAAGCUAGCACGUUCCCCCGGCGUUAUCUUCCUAGUGUUCUUUAACUCCUAUUUAACUUCCUAUGAAAAUCCUGGGCAAUAAUUUAGAAAUCGUUUUUCACUUUUUUUUAAGUCCAUAGAUUUCAAUUAAUAUCCAUUUCCUGUCUGGUGCCUUCGUGCAAUGGGAUAUUUGCUAAACGACAUGAGGCCGAAAUGACGACCUUGGGCAAACCAGUAGAUGAGACAAUGUGAUAAAAUAUCGAAUUAUAUGAGAAUAACUACUGGUUUUCAUGUAAAUCAGUCAUUAAUAGUAGCAGUAAAGGAAUCAUUGCAUACACUUGCAGCAAACUGAAUUUCAGUCGUAACUGAUUUCCAACUAUUUCAGUACCGGUUUGGUCAUUUACCCUGAUGCACCUGAAUAAUUGAGUGCGUGUGUACAGACUGCGUUGUUGCCAGGAUAUAUCAAGCGUACGUAUGCGAUUAUGAGUUUUGCGCCCACAUCUUCAGCUCGGCCGUCGACUCGUCCUAGCUUGCCAACGAGCCGCGCGCCCAGCCAAUGCAGCGGCGUGCUCUCCAAGUCUCAGGACUCGACGUCUGAGCAGACCACCCCCAUCGAGAAAAAGGACAGCCCUGGUCGAGCCAAGCUGCGGUCGUGGCUCCACGCGCUCAUGAGCGUCGUGCUGAGCGACGGCCGCACCCUCGUAGGCACGUUCGUGUGUACGGACCGCGACACGAACAUCAUCCUGUCUUCCUGCACCGAGCAUCUGCCCCACACUCACACGGAUGGAGAAGAGGAAGCUCGAAUGCUUGGCUUAGCUAUGGUGCCAGGCAGGCACAUCGUUAGUCUUAGCAUAGACGAACGCACCAUCAACCAGCGUCAUCACCAGCAGCAGCCACAGUUUGUGCUGCAAGACGAUCCCUUGGAGGAACAGUCUGCGGCCGAGCUCAACGCUGCAGCUGCCGCCGCUGUCACUUCAGCUGCUGCACUAAAUAUCGAUAACUCCACACUUCCAAUAACUCAGUCUUUAGAUCCACCAGUAGGCUACACUUAACCUGACUCGCAUUAAUACCUUUGUUGUUUCGAAUAAAUGCUGAUGAGUUGCCACUUGAAAUCUAUUUGAAUAUGUGUUUAUCCGGUUUCACAUCAACAAAUGCGCACAAAAAUCGUUAAUAUUCAAUGAUUGGUGAGCUCUAGACGGUUGCUUCUUCUGGCUGAUGUACCAGAUAUCACCCAGUCGCCAGGACCACACCUGCCAACUUAUCAUACCCUAUCGGUGAACCUUCUGCAGAGUUCCUUAUUACUGAUCUUAACAUGUAUUUAAUGUGAAUAAAUUAUUUCUAGAAGAAUCGAGUUUCCGUUAAGCUCAUUAAUGGCUAGCAUUUUUCUUACUUAGACCAUUAUUAACUUAAAUAUUGAAUUCGUGUAAUGUCUGAAGUGGACAACUCAUUACUAUUAAAUAAGGUAUAAUUCUUACCCUAGUCAGCCUUCAAGUUCAUGUAUUGGAUUAAUAAUUGUUUACUAUAUACCUCUCAUACUACGCGUAUGAUAUAUUAUUAUAGAUAAAAAAUUGUGUGAUAGUUAUUUCUUCGACAUGUAGGUCUGAACUUUGUUUUCGUAGACGCUGACAGGAGUAAUCUCUCUACGAUGAAGAUGAACUGAUGAAAAUCAAUGCUGUGCGGCUAGAGAUAAGAAUCGUGAGAACUUCACUUUGCAUGUAGAUUAUUUAACCUUUUGGUUGUGUUCUCAGUGCAAUGCCAUCCUCAAAAAGAAUUUCUUGUUACUUUUUUCCUUAUAUCGAUGUCAUCAUUUGUCAUGAUGGUCGUGAAACUCCAGCUCGAACUGAAUAUCUUUUGUAUUUGAAAGUAAAUAACUUCCGGCUUGAGUUAACGCAUUAUCUAUGAUUUGCCGAAAUAUACUGUUCUCCACUCUUAGUA